AUGUCGUUCAAAAGUGGAUAUCAAGGUGGUCCGUAUUAUGAGAUUUUGAGCACCCAAGGAAAGGACUCAGCUGCCAACUGGAAGCUGUCAAGCUCGUCAAUUAAAAAAACAUACGAGAAAGAUGUCAAAGGUUACGUAUAUACCCUGGAGGGAGCCCCAGCAACCACCAAGCUACAGUCGCCCAAGGAUCAGAAACAGAGUUUAACCUUGAUACAGAGAUUUCUGGUCAUCCAAGUGUACAUUGCUAAAGGGGCGGACUUCUCCAUUGAGCUGGGAGUGUCGGACCUGAGUAACAACAAGCGGAGACUGGUGCUGUCCACCUCGCUGAAGGAGACACAGGUCACGCCGCUGCACGCCAAAGUCCCGCUGACCAUCGUCAAGAGGGCUGUGUGGCUGAAUCUGGUGCUGGACAUGGUGUCUCUAGUUGGGGAGACGUGGACCAGCCAGACGUUCCGUGCCGUGGACCAGAUCUCUGUCUCUGCCAACUGCAAGUUGCGGCGGGUGUUCACCAUGAAGUCCCAGCCCCUGGACACCACUGACGAUGACGCCAACUCCAACAACGGGACCAGCCCCUCCGACAGUCUCACCAGCCGAGAGCCGCCGGGAUUGGACCAGCUGGAGUUUGUCAAGCCCCGCCCACCUGCCAGCGCCAGCACGGUGACCACGUUUAGCUCCGCCUCCCCUCCUCCGUCCUCACAACCGACAGCAGUCGGAACCCGUCUCAAGGACAACCAGCUCGUGGCCCCCCACCCGCCCCGAGAACCGUCCAAUGACAGAGUGCGUCGACGUCCUCGCAUCAAGAGCAUCGGUCAGAACGGGGUGGUGGUCAACAGAGGUGAACCCAGCAUGACCUCACCGCCCACCUCUGCCCUGCUCACAUCCGUGCGGGCGUCGUCCCAAGCAACCUUGGGAAGUCAAGGUCACAGCCAGUCUUCGUUGUACCAAGCACCCUCCACCGCAGCGUCCUCCUCGAGUCAAAGGCUCUCUGAGGUCAAGGCCAGUCGGCGGUCGAUGAAAGAUUCAGGGGUGGGCCCUGACGUGCCUGAGAUACAGUCGCCCAGGAAAGGAGAACCGCCAAGCUCCCCGACUGGCUCUGCUCUGACAGGCUACGACUCGGUUUCCGACGUGAUUUCGCUGCUGAGGUCCGAGAGGGGCGGAGUCGACCUCCCACGGGGUCACAGGCGAGAGCUCAGCGGGGGCGGCAACGAGUCCGUGAUGGACAGAGUGCAGGAGGAACGGACGACGCAGGAGAAGGAGAGAAGAGCCAGGGAGGAGGGAUUGAGGACGAGGCAGAAUCAGUGGCAGCUGGCGGGGGGAGGGAGGGAGGAGGCGGAGGAUGAGGACAGCAAUGUGUCCACGUCGGCAAGCGAGGGUUCGAACCCAGGCGAAUAUGAGGAGAGUGAUGAAGAGAGCAGUGAAACCAACAAGCUACAUUUGUUCAUCUCUCCGCCAAAGUCAGCGCCGAGACGGAACAUCUCGCCAGGUACCGCGGAGGCGGAGAUCAAUCAGUCCAAGAAAAGCUUUGUGAAGACGUUCCGCUCCAACGUGAAGCAGAGCGGGGACGCGUCCUCCCACCGCGGGGCCCGCCUCGAAGAUGACUUCGUCAGCCGCAGCAGCAGCGAGGAGGACAUGAUGAACCUCCACGCAGCCGACUUCCUGUCCUACCAGCACCCGCCCUCGUCGUCACGGCGACCCGGUGGCCACAACUCCUACCGCCACCACCACCACCACCAACACCAUCCUCACCACCACGCUGCGGCGACCAGCAGCAACAGCAGCAGCAGUGGUUACAACAGCAGUAACUACACCACCGCUGCCGCCUCCAACAACAACAACAACACUUCUAGUCCAAAGUUCAGAGGUCACACAGAGCGCCAGAGCGCCAACUCAAGGUCAAGGGCGUCAGCAGGAAUGAUGCCGCCCAAGACGUCCGGCAGCCCGGACCAGAAGCCCGGUACGUACGACGCCAGGUUGUACUCGGAGGGUCGCGGUACAAAGGUCAAGGACAGCGGGAAGAACUCUCUGUCCAGGAUGAGCAAGAAGUCGCUGCGAGAGAUCAACAACCCCCACAGCACCGAUGCCGCGCCCGCUACCUCGCUCAGCAACGAUAAGCCGUACGACGUGAGCAAGUACCAGAUGAACGACAUCACGGAGUCGUUCGAGGCGCGGAUGUUUGCCAGCAUGCAUCGCCAGGUAGAGGACGCCAUGGAGGACAUCUCCCCGCCGCCCAACGCCCUCGGGGGAGCCCCGCCACUGCUGCUCCAGAGUGGGGGCUCCCUGCAUCGGCUGAGCGGUGCCGACAUGAGUGGCACGAUGCCGUUAUACAGCGAGUCUCCGGCCACUACCAGCGACGAUGACACAAGCUUCAGCACAUGGAAGGCUCCGGCGCCUAAUCUGGUACCUCACAACUACCAGGAUGAGAUGAAGUCUCGACGGAGUAGCGACACCCUCACUUCCUCCAACCCACGCGACUGGAGCAGCGUUAUCUCCCCUCCCAUCGGCCCGCUGGGCGUGGUCCAAGACCUACAAGGCACGCUGGAGGGAAUCUCCGACGAGCUGUCAGAUGACGCCUCAGGCCAACAGCAAGGAAAAGCACGCAGCAACGGCCUGAAGAGCGAGGGAGAGGAGGAGAAGCUGGACCUGUACUUUGACCCCAAGCUCAACUGUUACUACGACCCCAAGACCCAGAAGUGGUACGAGCUUGUCUCUUGAGGCGCGGGCUGUACCACCUCAUAUCCUUGCUCCUGGACGGCUCUACUUCGUUUGGACGAUCCCAGACGGAACUACUUUGUUGAGUUCCCAGAUGGCACUAUGUUGUCGAAAGACUCCUGUCAGCACUACUUUGUUGAAAAGAGCCUAGAUGGCACUACUUUGUUGAGAUUACAGACAGCACUGCUUUUUCGAGAACAACUUAGACAGAACUACUUUUUCGAGAUCCCAGAUGAUACUGUUUUGUCAAGAAAAUCGUAGGCAGUACUACUUUAUUGAGAUCAAAGACGGCUCUACUUUAUUUGGAUAGUCCCAGAGAAUAUUACUUUGUUGGGACGACAGCUGCAUAAUGCAGAAUACAUUUUCAGACUGAAAUAGAGCGGUGGGUUGACCGAGACUUCCUUCCUGAUUUGUCCUCCCUGAAUUGUGUGCUGUUUCAAGAUAAUAUGUGUUAUGUCAGCGAAUAGUGCUUUGUGUGUAGUACAUCUAUUGGUUCUCGUUUGGACAAUCGCAGACAAUAUUACUACAUUGUUGGGACGACAGCUUGAUAACGCAGAUCACAUUUUGAGACUGAAAUAGGGCAUUGGAUGGGCUGAGACUUCCUUCCUGAAUUGUGUGCUGCUUCAAGACGUGUGUUCUGUCAGCGGAUAGUGCUUUGUGUGUAGUACAUGAUUUGUCUGCCCUCGUUUGUACAAGAUAUGUAUUACCAACAACUAGAAGUUUGUACGUAGGAGUGCAUCCAUCAGUUCACAUUUCGAGACCUCAGUGCUUUCUUGUCCUAUCUCCAUGUUUUUUAACAUUGAAAGUGUGACUUUUUCUUAAGCUCACUCUUUGUUAUGAACUGUUUUCACUGUUAUUAAAAAUGGAGAUAGGACAAGAAAGCACUGAGGUCGCGAUUUGUACAAGAUGUGUCAUGUGUAAUGUCAGUGAGUAGAAAAUCAUAAUACAUAGUAUGUCUGUCAGUCCACAUUUGUACAAGUUCUGGUAGUGCGUCGAUCUGUCUGCAUGUGUACAAGAUGGGUGUUAAGUCAGUGACGAUCGUAUGUAGUCAUGUCUGUCAGUCCACAUUUGUACAAGAUGGGUGUUAUGACAGCGAGUAGAAGAUCAUACGUAAUUAGUAUGUCUAUUAGUCUACAUUUAUACAAGGUCUGGUACGAGACAUGUCUUAUGUCAAUAUAGAGAAGUUUGUAUGUACGUACUGCAUCCACCAGUCCACAUUUGUACAAGAUGUGUGUUAUCUCAGUAUACUGAAGUUCGUAUCAUGUAGUAUUUGUUAUGUCAGAGCAUAGAAGUUUGUACGUAGUACAUCUGUGGGUACUCAUUUGUACAAGUUCUGGUACGAGACGUGUCUUACGUCAAUAAAUGGGCAUUUGUACAUAUAUUCAUUACAUAUAGAACAGCCAUCAGUUCAGAUCUCAUUUGUGCAAGAUUUGCAUUAUCUCAUCAAACGUGAGGUUGUACAUAUAAUAUAGCACAUCCAUCAGCCCAGUGUACAUAGCAGCUGCUCUCUGUAAGCCACCGCAAGUAAUGAGGAACCUUUAAUGAAAACCCCGUAAUGAGAAGCCCGUAGUGAAAACCCCAUAAUGAGAGGGUUGAUCUCGGCUCAAAAUGACUCAAAAGCUGUUGAGGCUGUGAUAUUUGUUGCUCCCCGUGAUGGGCAGCUCCUCCUCCCUGUUCGCGGGCAGUGUUGCAUACAGAGGUAUCUCAAUGGCCGCCAAAAAUGACUUAUGUCUGUAUGCAGUACUGCCCGUGUGUUGUCUGUCAGUGAUGUUGGAGGGGGGAGGGGACAGGGAGGGUGGUGUUCUGGCUUACUUCACUGGCUGCUCAGGGCUCAUAUUGAUGUUGUUAUGCUCUAACAUGUACAUUUUUUCCCCUCUAAUGUGCUGGGUGUAACUUUUUAGAACCCUUCUGAGUUGGGGGAAAAUCCGCAAAGUAGAAACAAUAUAUUUAUUACGGGUUUCACUGUAUUCUUUCAUACCUCUCCUUCUCUCUUUUGAGUACUUUCUACAUUUGAAAUUUGAGAGGCAAACUGCCUUUAAAAAAUAGGACAUUUGUAUUUUUAUAUAUAUAUUUAUAUGUAUAUUUGUCAAUAAAAAUGACUCGUUAUGUCUUGGCCAAUAGUGAUCUUUUCAGAUUCUCCUAUCUUCAACAAGUAAAAAAACCGCAAGAAAUGAUGAAACAAAUCUACAAAAUGUGAACCUUGAUGAGGGAGGGGAAAACCAUAACACGAUUCUUGAAAAUUUUUUCAACUGGCAAAACUUAAAAAACCCCAAACAAAACAUCGUUCUGAUUCACAUGAGGAGAGAAGGCGCAAAAGGGAGCCCAAAUUGUUGGAUCUCGUGCCAUCCUGAUUUUUAUUGACGGCCUGCAGAUCAAAGUUGGCUAUGACGACUUUAGAACAAAAGAUCCUUUCAUCUACAGUGCGGCCUCUUUAUAGUUUUAGUAGAGGUUUUUCGGUUCUCGCAACUGCAUAAGGUCAUAUCAGUGCCAUCAGCCUCUCUGUAACAACAUCGUCGGGACCAGAAAAAAAUGUCGUUAUAGCGAAAUGUCGUUAUAGAGAGGCCGCCAAAAAUAUUACUAAUGAUAUACAACGUGAAAAAAUUGGGAUCUGGUCAUCAUGUCGCAAUACAGAGGAUGUCGUUAUAUCCAACGUUGUUAUAGAGAGGCUGCACUGUAUUUUUGUUCUAGCUAUACGUGGG